UACUCGGUUAGCACUAGAUUUACACUUCCUCACACAACUGCUAGCUAGCUCAAUCAAACACGAUGCAUGCAAACAAGAGUUCUCCGGUACCAAGCAACAAGAAGGAUGCCGGCGGCGAGGAGGACAUCACCGUCGACCUGCAUCCAUUCAUCCGCGAAUACAAGGGCGGCCGUGUCGAGCGCUUCCUAAGCAGCUCAUACGUGGAAGCGUCGGAGGACGCGGCUGCCAACCGUGGCGUGGCGACCAAGGACGUUGUCGUCGACGAGAGCACCGGCGUGUCCGCACGCCUGUUUCUUCCGGCCGCCGCCGCCGCAACCGGCGAGAGGCUCCCCGUCAUCAUGUACGUCCACGGGGGAUCCUUCUGCACGGAGAGCGCGUUCUGCCGCACGUACCACAACUACGUCAGGUCCCUGGCGGCACGCGCCGGGGCGCUCGUCGUGUCCGUGGACUACCGUCUCGCGCCGGAGCAUCCGGUGCCUGCGGCCUACGACGAUGCAUGGGCGGCGCUUCAGUGGGUGGCGUCCCUUUCUGAUCCCUGGCUUUCCGACCAUGCCGACCUCGGACACAUGUUCCUCGCCGGCGACAGCGCUGGCGGCAACAUCAUCUACAACACGGCGGUGCGUGCAGCUAGCGGCGGCGAUCACAUCGGUGUCGAUGGGCUUGUCAUCGUGCACCCAUACUUUUGGGGCGUCGAGCGGCUGUCCAGCUCCGAGCUAGUCUGGGACGGUGUCGCCAUGUUUACGCCGGAGCUCAUCGACAGGCUCUGGCCGUUCGUUACGGCGGGCCGUCUCAACAAGAAUGAUCCCCGGGUCAACCCUCUUGACGAGGAGAUCGCCUCGCUGACAUGCCAGCGUGUGCUGGUCGCCGUCGCCGAGAAGGACACCUUGCGCAACCGCGGGCGCCGGCUGGCGGCUCGCAUGCGCGAGUGCUGCGCGUGGGCCGAUGGUGAUGAGAAGGCGGUGACAUUGGUGGAGUCGGAGGGCGAAGACCAUGGCUUCCACCUGUACAACCCACUGCGGGCGACCAGCAAGGUUCUCAUGGAGAGCAUAGUGCAGUUCAUCAACCAGCGCACCUCAUUGCCACUGCCGGCCGCUCUGCUGCCGGAGCUGCACGAGCUGCAUGCAUACGGUGGUAAGAAGAUGGACCCAUGCUGCUUGCCUAUUCUGGGCGUGCCUACUCGGCCGUAUAUGGACGUGUUUGGUUAUGGGGUGGCCAUGAAAGCUUCGAGUGUCCCAAAAGGCAUGACACGUACUAGUUGCUUACACGGCGGACAGGGGAGAAGAGCAUCCAAAACUAGAUAUGGGUUAUCUUUGGGCUAUGCUAUCAGGCUUAAUAACAAGACCAACACGAGGUUCUCCUUAUCAGCAACAGCAACACCGGGGACUUGUGUUUCUCACAACUUCAUCUAGUGCAUGAAACAUGAUGGUCUACAACUCUACAUGCAUCCAGGAUUACGGUUGUGCAUGCUCCAGUACGAGUGCAAGGAAAUGUAUGUUGUGCAUGCUCCAGUAAAAAUGCAUGCUCCAAUAAUAUUGAAGGGAAGGUAUGUACAAAGUUAUACCGAGACCCUUAUCCAGUAUCCACCACACCACCUGCUUUGGGUCAAAGAAAUGGAUGUUGUAUUUUUUUUUUGUGGGGUGUAUGUUCUUCUUUCCUAUAAAUUAUGUAUGUGUAAGAUGGAUCAGGGAUGUAUGAGUAAUGUACAAUUAGUGUACUGUCAUACAUUAAGUUUAUAUAAAUUGUGUACACUAGUCCUCAACCUGUGGACUAGGACACGUACCACGGACGUGCAACUGGCAUGCAUUUUUUCAGAAAAAACAAAAUGCAACUAUCCCCAACCUUUUUUUUGUGAGAGAAAUUUUCAAUCUAUUUAUCAAUCACGGCAGUACAGAGAACACUAGAGAUAAUAAAACUUAUAACCAGAUCAAUGGAGCACCUAGCGACGACUACAAGCAUUGUAGCGAGCCGAAGGAGCGCCGCCGUAAUCGCCCCUCCCUCACUAUAGCCGGGCAAAACUUGUUAUAGUAGACAGUCGGAAAGUCGUCCACCAACCUUUGUGGCAUUCACUAAGGGGAUUUGCAAAUGCCGCUUGUAUUUAAGAACACAACUAUCACACCAUCCUUAUUUGCAUGGAGUCGGCGGAUGUGCAACUAGGGAUAAUAUUUUUGGAAAAAAAAUGCAACUACCAUCUCACCCAUUUAUUGCACGCGGCCGGCCGAUGCGAAGUCGUGUUGUAUAUUUUAAGCAAAAAAAAAAGGAACAUCCUCCCUCCAAAAUUUGUUCUACCUCCCCCUGCCCCGCGCGAAUGUCCGUAUGGGUUUGAUACUUUUCAUUAACAAAACGAAAUGCAGCUGCGAUCAUGAGCAACACAUCAUGAAAACAUUACUAAACAAACAUAGAAUUGAAGACAACAAAAAAGAAGUUACUCAGUUGGAAUCAGAAUGUUUGUGCAACUAUGGUCUUCAAAUAUGCAACUCCUCUGUGAAGAUAUUGCGGCCCUUAAAAAUAAAAAUAAAAUUACUUGGCAGCGCAUAAUUUAAAUUUUGGAAAUUUUGUUUUAAAAAUCCUGCACCAAGGAAGAGAGAGGAGUCAUGUUUCAUAACAAAAACAUAAAUUUUACUUAAGUCAAGAUUAAAAUUAAAAACAUAAAUGAACAACUACAAAAUACAUUAGGAAAAAAGUUUUAGUGAUCUGUUGUGUCCUGGCCUAGAAGCCCCUAUAAAUAAAAGACAAAACUUGCAUGAAUAUCAACAUGAGAUUGACACUUCUAUAGGUCAAUCGAGAAAUAGUUUGUAUGAAAAAUAAAAAAAUAUUGAUAACUAAAACUAUGUACAAUGAAAAAAAAUCUAGGACUUGGAAGCCCCAAUUACUACCUAUUUUCAAUACCACCAAACAGAUGGAUAGAAAAACAUAUGAAUGACCAAUGAGAACAAAAUCUCGAAAUCCAAUAAAUCAAUAAGAAUAUAUUACUCCUUUUGUUCUAAAUUACUAUAAGUUUUAUUAUAAGUCAAAGUUUUCUAAGUUUGACCAAGUUUUAGGGGGAAUAAUCAGCAUCUUCAUCAAGACUAAAUACACCAUGCAAACAUAGUUUAUGGUUGAUCUAGUAACGUUGAUUAACAAUAGUAGGUAUGAAAAAUACAAGAUCCUAUUGCGCAUAUAUGCACGCACCAGUGAGGAGGAUCAUAGGACACACACAUAGAUAAACACAUCUAAUAUCAAAAUCAAAACUACUUAAUCAGGAUCCUCUAACCACUAUCACUUUAGGUAAACAUGGUCGUUUGUUUUCUGUCUUGUUGGUAGAAA